GAAAAAUUGAUAAAGUAUGUAACAGACAGUGAAACUGUGGAGCCAGUCAUCUCCCAGUUGGUGACUGUACUUCUAAUCGGCUGCCAGGAUGCAAAUUCUCAAGCCCGACUACUUUGUGGAGAAUGUUUGGGUGAACUAGGAGCCAUAGAUCCCGGCAGGCUGGAUUUUUCAACAAGUGAAACUCAAGGAAAACAUUUUACGUUUGUGGCUGGUGUGGAGGAUCCAAAUUUUGCCUAUGGGUUAUUAAUGGAACUGACCAGAGCAUUCCUUGCUUAUGCUGAUAAUGUUCGCGCUCAGGAUUCUGCAGCAUAUGCAAUUCAGGAAUUAUUGUCUAUCUAUGACUGUAGAGAGACAAACACUGACUGCCCAGGCUCCAGACUUUGGAGGAGGUUUCCUGAGCACGUGCAGGAGAUCUUGGAACCUCACUUAAAUACACGGUACAAGAGUUAUCAAAAGGCUGUAAAUUGGUCUAAGAUGAAGAAGCCAAUUUACUUAAGCAAAUUAGGUGAUAAUUUUGCAGAAUGGUCAGCAACUUGGGCAGGUUAUCUUGUAACAAAGGUGCGACAUGAUCUUGCCAGAAAAGUUUUCGAUUGUUGCAGUAUUAUGAUGAAGAAUGACUAUAAAGUGACAAUUUAUCUGCUUCCACACAUCCUUGUCUAUGUUUUGUUGGGAUGCAGUGAAGAGGAUCAACAAGAGGUUUACGUGGAGAUUAUGGCUGUUCUGAAACACGAUGACCAGUCUACUAGGAGACUUGAAGACAGUGCAUCUGAUCUAAGUCAGCUGAGCACACAGACGGUGUUUUCCAUGCUUGAUCAUCUGACUCAGUGGGCUAGACAUAAGUUUCAAAUGCUUAUUGCUGAGAAAAAUAUUAGCAAAUCUAGCAAAGACAGAAGUGAUCUAAAGACAUCGAGUGAGGACUAUGGAGAAUAUCAAAAUGUGACACGUUUUCUAGACCUCAUACCUCAGGAUACGCUAGCUGUGGCUUCCUUUCGCUCUAAGGCUUACACAAGGGCUGUGAUGCACUUUGAAUCAUUCAUCACAGAGAAGAAACAAAAUAUUCAGGAGCAUCUUGGAUUUCUUCAGAAAUUGUAUGCAGCUAUGCAUGAGCCAGAUGGAGUAGCCGGGGUGAGUGCAAUUCGGAAAGCGGAACCAUCUCUCAAAGAACAAAUCCUUGAGCAUGAAAGUAUUGGCUUGUUAAGAGAUGCGACAGCCUGUUAUGAUAGGGCUAUCCAGCUGGAACCUGAUCAGAUUAUUCAUUACCAUGGUGUAGUGAAGUCCAUGUUAGGCCUCGGUCAGUUAUCUACUGUAAUUACUCAGGUCAAUGGAGUGCUUGCGAACAGAUCUGAAUGGAUUUCUGAACUGAACACUUACAGAGUGGAAGCGGCCUGGAAACUGUCACAAUGGGAUUUACUGGAAAAUUAUUUGGCUUCAGAUCUGAAGUCCACAACUUGGAGUGUCAGACUAGGACAUUUAUUAUUAUCUGCCAAGAAGAAAAAUGAAGCAGCUUUUUAUGAAACACUCAAGGUUGUUCGAGCAGAACAGAUUGUACCCCUUUCAGCAGCAAGCUUUGAAAGAGGAUCCUAUCAGCGUGGAUAUGAACACAUUAUCAGGUUGCACAUGCUGUGUGAGUUGGAACAUAGUAUUGGACCAGUGUUUCAGCAACCAGAUGGUGACCAUGGUAGAGAUUCCCUGAAUUGGUGUGCUCGUAUUGAAAUGGCCCAAAACUCUUACAGAGCAAAAGAACCCAUUUUAGCACUGAGAAGGGCUCUGCUUAGUCUCAGUAAAAGCCAGGAUUACAGUGAGCUUGUUGGUCAGUGUUGGCUCCAGAGUGCUAGAGUGGCGAGAAAAGCUGGUCAUCACCAGACUGCCUAUAAUGCUCUUCUGAACGCUGGGGAAUCGACGCUCUCGGAACUUUAUAUAGAAAGAGCAAAGUGGCUCUGGUCCAAGGGUGAGGUUCAUCAAGCACUCAUUGUUCUCCAGAAGGGGGUAGAGUUAUGUUUCCCUGAAAAUAAAGCACCGUGCAGUACCAAAAAUCAGCUCAUCCAUGGUCGGGCAAUGCUGCUAGUGGGCAGAUUUAUGGAAGAAACUGCUAACUUUGAAAGCAAUGCAGUUAUGAAAAAGUAUAAGGAUGUUACGAUUUUCUUGCCAGAAUGGGAAGAUGGACAUUUUUAUCUUGCUAAAUAUUACGAUAAAUUAAUGCCGAUGGUAACUGACAACAAGAUAGAAAAACAAGGAGAUCUGAUUCGAUACAUAGUUCAUCAUUUUGGGAGGUCUCUACAGUAUGGAAAUCAGUUCAUCUAUCAGUCAAUGCCAAGAAUGUUGUCUUUAUGGCUGGACUUCGGAGCAAAAGCGUAUGAAUGUGAUAAAGCUAGUCGUUCAGAACGCGUCCAAAUGAAAAACGAUUUAGCUAAAAUAAAUAAGGUGAUUGCAGAGCACACAAAUCACCUGGCACCUUACCAGUUUCUGACAGCUUUUUCUCAGUUAAUCUCCCGAAUCUGCCAUUCUCAUGAUGAAGUCUUUGCAGUUUUGAUGGUGAUUGUUGCUAAAGUGUUUUUAGCCUAUCCACAGCAAGCAAUGUGGAUGAUGACCGCUGUGUCCAAGUCCUCGUACCCUAUGCGUGUCAAUAGAUGUAAGGAAAUUCUAAACAAAGCUAUUCACAUGAAGGAAUCUUUAGGAAAAUUUAUUGGAGAUGCAACACGUCUUACAGAUAAGCUAUUAGAACUAUGCAACAAACCGGUUGAUGGAAACAGCUCAACGUUAAGCAUGAAUAUUCAUUUCAAAACACUUAAGAGAUUAGUAGAAGAGCACACAUUUAGUGAAAUUCUCAUUCCCUUACAAUCUGUAAUGAUACCAACUCUUCCUUCCAUUCCUGGCACGCAUGCUAACCAUGACCCUUUUCCUGGAUGCUGGGCCUACAUUGCAGGCUUUGAUGAUACGGUGGAAAUUCUUGCCUCACUUCAAAAGCCAAAAAAAAUCACCUUAAAAGGCUCAGAUGGGAAAUCUUACAUUAUGAUGUGUAAGCCAAAGGAUGAUCUAAGAAAGGACUGUCGGCUCAUGGAAUUCAACUCCCUUAUUAAUAAGUGCUUAAGAAAAGAUGCGGAGUCACGUAGGCGAGAACUCCAUAUUCGAACCUACGCAGUUAUUCCAUUAAAUGAUGAAUGUGGCAUAAUUGAAUGGGUGAACAAUACUGCUGGUUUAAGAAAUAUCCUGAUAAAACUUUAUAAGGAGAAAGGUAUCUAUAUGACUGGAAAAGAAUUGCGUCAGCAUAUGCUUCCAAAGUCAGCACCUUUGUCCGAAAAGCUGAAAAUGUUCAAAGAAGUCCUUCUGCCUCGUCAUCCUCCUCUCUUUCAUGAAUGGUUUCUUAGAACGUUUCCUGAUCCUACUUCAUGGUACAACAGUAGGUCAGCCUAUUGUCGUUCUGUUGCAGUUAUGUCAAUGGUAGGUUACAUACUUGGUCUAGGAGACCGUCAUGGUGAAAACAUCCUGUUUGAUUCUUUGACUGGUGAAUGUGUGCAUGUGGACUUCAACUGCCUUUUCAAUAAGGGAGAAACUUUUGAAGUUCCGGAAAUUGUACCUUUUCGUCUCACUCACAACAUGGUUAAUGGAAUGGGUCCCAUGGGAACAGAAGGUCUCUUUCGAAGAGCUUGUGAAGUCACAAUGAGGCUUAUGCGUGAUCAAAGGGAGCCUCUAAUGAGUGUUUUAAAGACUUUUCUCCAUGAUCCUCUUGUGGAAUGGAGUAAACCUGUUAAGGGGAAUACAAGAGCACAGGUGAACGAAACUGGAGAAGUUGUCAAUGAAAAGGCCAAAACCCAUGUCCUUGAUAUAGAACAGCGGCUGCAAGGUGUCAUUAAGACUAGAAACAGAAUAAAAGGAUUACCCUUAUCUAUUGAAGGGCAUGUUCAUUACCUUAUUCAAGAAGCGAGUGAUGACAACCUGCUCUGCCAGAUGUAUAUGGGCUGGGCUCCAUAUAUGUGAAAUUUGUUCACUUUGGAACAAUGCCAUUUACAAGUGAUGUAGCUAUAAUGUUCUUGAGAAGGUAUUAAUUAAUCAGUGUUAACUGGUUACUUCUGUUCGUUUGUGAUUGUAAGCAGCAGAACAGUCUUCUUAUCAAUACAAAAUCUGUGUAAAAUACAAUACACUUGCAAGUAUG